AUGGUGCGGGUGUUGAUUGGUAACGCCGCUAGCCGAGUCGCAGUCUUGGCAGUACUGCUGAUACUCGUCGGGUUUGUGGCCUGCGGUGGGGGAGCCGAGGAGAGUGAGUCUCUCACCAUGGGCGCUAUGGAUGAGUCCGCAAUGGUAGAGGCUGCGUCGGACUCUUUUUCGUUGUCGCAAACGGAUGAGAGGGAGGUCUCCGAGGCGCUGGAGGAUUCUGCUGAGGAGGAGGGCUCUGAGGGAGCAUCUGCAAGUUUCUUCCAGAGCUCCCCGCUGACAGACGAGGCUCAAACAGGGGUUCAACCCAAGAACAGGGUCAUCGUUCGUACAGUUGAUAUGGGCAUCAUCGUUCCGGAUGUACCAGAGGCUGCAGACGAAAUCGUUGCAGUGGCCGGCCGGGUUGGCGGCUGGCAGGUCAGUUCAGACCGCAGCCAGAGGCAUCACGCGACCGUCUCCGUGAGGGUACCGGCCGAGGUCCUCGAUGAAUUCAUCCUGUCAAUCAGGAAAAUGGCAGACCUUGUGGAAUUCGAGACAUCCAGCAGCCGCGACGUCACAGACGAAUACGUCGACAACGAGGCCCGCCUCAGCGGGCUGCGGGCCACCGAGGAGCGGCUGCUGGAAUUCCUGGGACAAUCCGCCAAAGUAGACGACGCCCUGAAAGUCCAGGCGGAGCUGACCAGGAUCCAGCUUGAGAUAGAGACGAUCCAGGGCAGACUCCGAUUCCUCUCUCAGACCUCUGCUUUUUCCCUCGUCAACCUGUCUCUUACCACCAAGCCCGGCGAAAUGGAUGUUGAGAUCGGACCGGACGCAGCGACCUACCGAGCCGGAUUGAGCGCCGGUUUCCGCGCCACCUUUAGCCCCCCGGAUGGGGUGGACGAAUUUACCUUCACCUGGGACUUUGGCGACGGGGCCGAGCCGAUUCAGGGCAACCGCACAGCCCCUACCACCGAGGUGGGCGAGCGAGUUACAUCUACCGUCUCCCAUGCUUUCCUGGAUGUUGAGCAGUCGCCAUACAUCGUUCAUCUGAACGUCAGGGGGAUCGGAGAUGCAGGGCUGUUUCUGGGUUCGGACACGCUCAUCGCCACGGUAACGGAGAUCCCCGCGAUCGAGGUAUUCGCCGGAGAGGACCGGGUUGUGGACGAGGGCGACAAUGUGGAUUACAGCGGCUCCUUUACCCGCCCCGAGGAACUUUGGGACUUCCAAUAUCGAUGGGACUUCGGCGACGGCACCGCAACAGUGCUGGACGUUCCAGCCGAGGGCGACACUCGGGCGAUGUCUGAACACACGUUUCGGGAUUACCGGCUCGAGCCAUAUCGCGUUACGCUGAUUGUCAGUGCGCAGAGCGAAGCCGGGGAGGUCAAGGGCAGCAGUUCCUUCUUUGUCCAGGUCAACGACGUUGAGGGGUUUGUUGUCGGUGGAUGGGAUGUGGGUGGCACGGCUAAAUCAGCGGUAAGGGCUCUGACGGCCGUAGCCCAAGUCCUCGUCAUUGUGUUGAUAUGGCUGGGAAUCCUGAGCCCCGUCUGGUUGGCGAUCCUGGCUGCUGUGAUCCUGUUCCCGCGACUCCGGAGGCGUUUCUCUGGCGGAAGCUGGCCUGCCCCCCGAGUACUGCGCCGCCGUGGACAGGACGUUGAUGAAGCGGAAACCACGGGCGACACGGCUCGCGAUGGGACUUCCGCCGUGCCCCAAGCCGAGACGGAAGGCAGUCCGCUGGCCUUCGCUGAGCCCGCCACUGGCGCCGUGGUCUGUGACCAGUGCGGCAGGGAGAUCCCCGGAAAUGAUCCCAUUGGCAACCCUCCCAAGUAUUGUCCGUUCUGUGGCGCUGAUACAGAUUUCGUCCGAACGCUGAGCGGUUCCAGGCACGCGUCCCACCGCCAGCAACUGGUUGCGAGGUGA